CCAUCUUGCUGCAGUCAAGACAAAGCCAUGACUGCCUUCAAGCGCAUCUGGACCCAGGAGUUCUGGCGUUGUGUUGGAGCUGAGUUCUUUGCCAUGCUACUCUUUGUCUUAUUCAGUCUUGGGUCAACUAUCAACUGGUCAGCUGUUGAGGAGGACCCCCGUCCACCUGACCUAGUGCUAAUCUCACUCUGUUUUGGCCUAAGUAUUGCCACCAUGGUGCAGUGCUUUGGCCACAUCAGUGGUGCUCAUAUCAACCCGGCAGUAACAGCAGCCAUGGUGGUGACCAGGAAGCUCAGUCUGGCUAAAGCAGUCUUCUACCUGCUGGCCCAAUGUGUAGGAGCCAUAGUCGGAGCAGCCAUUCUGUAUGGCGUCACCCCAGCCUCUGUUAGGGGUGGCAUGGGGGUCACCACGGUAAAUAUGAGCAUAUCUGUGGGACAAGCCCUGGUUGUAGAGCUCUUCAUCACCUUUCAGCUGGUCUUCACUGUGUUUGCUACCUGUAACGAUAAACGUAAUGACCUGAAGGGUUCAUCUGCUUUGGCUAUCGGCCUGUCUGUGUGUAUUGGUCACUUGUUUGCGAUUCCCUACACUGGAGCCAGUAUGAACCCUGCCCGAUCCUUCGGCCCAGCCAUGGUCACAUGGUGCUGGGAAAACCACUGGGUAUACUGGGUGGGUCCAUAUCUGGGUGGGGCUCUGGCUGCAGCCCUGUAUGAAUACCUGUUCUGUCCAGACCCAGAGUUCAAGAAACAUUACUCCGAAGCCUUCAUCAAGAUGCCUUUCACUGCUACCAUACACCGGCAGGAUUCAGUUUCAGCCCAGGAGCCUCUCUUCACUGUCAUGGACGUGGAGAGAGCUGACAGAAAGGAAAGAGAGAGGGAGGGGGAGUUAUCCGGGGAGGCGUUGUCCUCUGUAUGA